AUGAGGGCAGGGAAACAAGCCACGGCCUCCCGUCGACUCCGCGCUAUUUGGAACAGGGCUUCCGAGGCAGAGAAGACGAAGAUGAUUACGUUGAGGAGCUCCGACUUGGAGGAGUUCGAGGUGGAGGAGGCGGUGGCGAUGGGGUCGCAGACCAUCCGCCACAUGAUCGAGGACGACUGCGCCGACAACGGCAUCCCGCUGCCCAACGUCAGUUCCAAGAUUCUCGCCAAGGUCAUCGAGUACUGCAACAAGCACGUCCACGCCGCCGCCGCGGACACCACCGCCGCCUCCGGGGACGGCGAGGACCUCAAGUCCUGGGACGCGGAGUUCGUCAAGGUCGACCAGGCUACGCUCUUCGACCUCAUCCUGGCUGCCAACUAUCUCAACAUCAAGGGUUUGCUGGACCUGACCUGCCAGACGGUGGCUGACAUGAUGAAGGGCAAGACUCCGGAGGAGAUCCGCGAGACAUUCAACAUCAAGAACGACUUCACCAAAGAGGAGGAGGAUGAGAUCCGUAGGGAGAACCAGUGGGCCUUCGAGUGA